AUGGCGCAUCAGUGCUCUCCGGGAGGGCAGACUGCUGGGCCAGGCGGGCGGGGCUGUCGGAGCGGGCGUCUUCGGCCUCUGGCGGGCGGCGGCUACUGGAGACGUCUCCGGACGAUUGCUGAGGAGAGCCUGUGGCCCAUAGAGAGUGAGCGUCCGCUGCGGCAGCUGGAGAAGAAGCUAGGCGUGCUGCGGGAGUCCCUCGACCUCGUCUUCGACUUCUCCAACGCUCUGCAGAUGCAGACCCGCUGCUUCCAGACCUGGGUGCAAAAGAUCCGCGCCCAGCGCCGGGCAGAGGAGCGCCGCUUCGGGCUGCGGUAUCCGUCCCUUUGCCUGAAGCUUUGGGCGGCUCACAGCCACCAAGUCUUGGCCAAGAAGCGAGCGCGUGCCCGCCUCGUCGGACACGGAGGCGCUAUCGUGGAACAGGCCUCCUGGGGCUUCCGCCUGGGCGCCGCCUGCAGCGCCUUCGGCGCCUGGCGCCGCUUCGCGGCGCUGCGCCGCGCGCCCCGUUUGGAGAGCCGCUUGCUGCUGUCUUUGUGCAGCAGCAACCUCGACGACGAGCGGGCGUCCAAGCGCGUGCUCUCGCUGAUGCUGGGCAGUUGGCAUCAGCGCUGCUUGCGGCGGAGUGUCAUGCACAACUUCCAGUGCCAGCAUCUUUCGAAGCAGGGCCGGCAAGGUCUCUUCAGCGCAAUGCACAGCUGGCGGCGGCUGUGUGUUCACAACCAGGCGCUGAGGCGCGGGGCUCUGAGGCGUCUGGGCGAAGAUGAGCGGCUGAAGGUCUUUAUGGUCUUCGACUAUUGGCACAAACAUCUCAAGGCGGACCUCCGGCAGGCGGAGGCGGAGCGCCUCGCGAUGAUGGGCACCUGGCAGCGCUGGCGCCGGAAGCAGAUGGCCCAGCGCUGGGCCCUGCGGACCGGCCUCCUUCGGGAGAGUGAGGGCGCGAAGCGGGACUUCCUGCGCUUCCGCGCCGUGUUCGGCGCUUGGAAGCGGCGGGCGCGGCACGGGCGGCGCGUGACGCAGCUGGUGGGCAAGGCGGUGGGCCCCCAUGGCUUGAAGCGCUACGCCUGGUCUGCCUGGGCGACCCAUUUGCUGCGCCGGCGCCGCAGCGGCUGUGGCGCCUACCAGCGCGCCGCGGCGCGGCUGGCAGGGGACCAGGCGCGGGGCUUGCUUGCCAGUGCUCUGCACGGGUGGUGGAGCGGCAUGCUGCUACGGCACUCCACACGCCAGAGCUUCCACCUGGGGCUGCGGAAGCUGCAGCGGUGGCGCAUUGCGCAACAGAGAUUCGGAGGUGGCCGAGGCGACUGUGCCCUUUCCGCCCAGAUCCUGGGCGCACAUGAGGCGCUCUCAGCAGAGCAGCGGAAGCAUUUCUUGACAGCGCGCUCGCUCCGAGAAUGGCAACGCGUCGUGGAUGAGCGCCGGACCCUGGGAGCGCUGCAGGGCCACGUGGGCCGGCGCGAAGCGGCGCUCCAGCGCGCUACGGGCGCCUGGGGUUCUCACCAGGCGCAGAUCUUUCUGCAUGUUGUGUGGCGCUCCUGGAGACGAUGGGCUCACGAGUGCCAUGUGGAGCGGCUGAACCAGCGCUUCCAGGGCGAGCUCCGGCGCGCGGUCCAGGCAUGGGCCCGUGGAGAUCUUCUCUUCAUGGCCGACCUCGAGGCUCAGCGACGGGAGCUGUGCUUCCUGCAGUGGCGCCGGGUAUCGGCGGAAGAGCGGCGCCGGGUGCGAGUGGGCAAGCUGGAGGAGCCGGCUGCACCAAGUGAGCCUCGCGCGGCUCGCCCUCGCGGAAGGGCUGCAGGGUGCACAAGGCGCCCAACUCAGUUGCCUGUUCCAGCCGGGCGCCCCAGGGGAGUGCGCGCGCAGCUUGGCAGGCGCGUGGACCCAUGGAGCGGCUCGGAGAAGCAGUUGGACUCCGAUCCCUCCAUGCCAGCGGUGUCUCGGUGCCUGGAACCAAAAGCGCCAGGCGUGUAG